UACUAAUUUUUGUUUUGUUGCUCGGCAUAAGCAUGCAUAAAAUAGCUGCCUAUAGUAAUUUUGACAUAACGAAAAAAGGUCGAAAAGUAAAGGCUAUCAGAAGCGUGCUUCAGAUAUUAUUACAAGUUAAAAUAUAGCAAUAAUUAUUUUAAAAAAUAUUCAAAAUUGAAUUUGAAUUUUGUAUUAAACGGAAGUAAAACGUACAACAAAGUUUUAACGGAAAUCAUUAAGUCCAAAGUUUUGAUUUGUAAAUUAAGAACAUUAAGCGAAAAUGAAUAUUUCAAAAACUAAUGUUAAUGGCUUGACCGGCGCUCAAGUAUUGACAGCAAGUGGAACACUCUCUCAACCAAGUAGGCAGUCCCACCAAAUCAGGGAAUCAACUGUGGCUAUGGCGAAACCACUGCAUUUGCAACGCUUAGAACGAGCAUUGGAUAUGAAACCAUUUAUGAAGUAUGCGCGUGAAAUUUUAGCCAAACCAUUAAGUAGUGAAGAUGAUAGUGCCGAGGACUCUACUGAAGCCUGCUCCGAUAAUGAAUCAGAAAAUGGAACCAAUCGAAAGAAAUGCAAAAAAUUGUUUGGUUCAAGAAUAGAGCGUCAAAAUAUAAAAAUGCACCUUUAUAACUUCUCUGAGUUGAGCAACGAUCGUGAAUGGUUGUUUUCCAUAGUAUUAAGUGACACUGAAUCAGAGUCAGAACUCAGCGAUGAGGACGAUUAUAUAAAGCAGUUAUUGAAAUCUCAUCGGAAAAUGCAAAAGGAACGUGAACGCUAUUAUAAAACCCCUACUAACAAUCAGUAUACCUAUUACGGAAGUGGUUUUCUAUCCUGCAUUGACAUGCAUCCCGACCAUCAGCAGUCUAUAAUUGGUGUGCGCAAGCGUAAACGACGUGCAAAGAAUGAAAAUAAGUCAACCUUACCCAAAUUACAAAAACUGACGAAAAUUCGUAAAUCUCGCAAAAACAUUCCAAACGAUGAGCCUGAAUCUGGAGAAAUUCAUCCUUCAGAACUAAAGAACUAUGCUUUCGGUGAUACCUCAGCCGUGAAUGAUGAUGACUUAUCUGAUGAAGCUGAUGCCUAUAGUAGUGCUGCACUAUCUAGCAAAGCAAAUAGCUCAGCCGUACGUAGCAAAAGUCGUAGAAAUUUGUUGGCGUCUCCUGAAGUGUUAGCGGCACGUAGAAAACGCGUUUGGCAAUUAAUGUGUAAAAAGGAAAUAACUCGCUGUCAUCGCUUGAGGAUUAACAACCACAAGGAAGUAAUACAGAGCAGCAAGCGAGUUGCAGGUAUGUGCAUGAAAGUAGUGCGUCAGCGUGCCAUGCAAUCGCAACGUGUUAUGAAGGAAACUGUGUGGCGUGCAAAACGGCUCUCACGAGAGAUGCUGGGCUAUUGGAAACGUUAUGAACGUGUUGAGCGUGAUACGAGGAAACGUAUGGAACGUGAAGCUGAAGAACAGCGUAAAAUGGAUGUUGAAAUCAUAGAAGCUAAACGACAACAACGUAAACUUAAUUUCCUUAUCACUCAAACUGAACUGUACGCGCAUUUUAUGUCUAAAAAGCUCGGCCAGGGUACUGAAGAAGAACAACUGCGUAUAUUAAGCCAACUGGAUGACGAAAAGAAUCCACGUCUUGCUGCAUAUGAUGACUAUGACGCAGAACACAUGAAACAGCUGGCACAAAAGAAUGCAGAGACAGCGUUUAAUACUGAUCGAGUAUUAAAGCAUCAGUUUGAUGUAGCAACAAGGAUAAAAGAAGAGCAAGAAGAAGCAAUGAAAACCGAUGAAAUAACUGGACCUCCAGUAAAAGCAGACUUGCCCCAACCGACCAUAUUUAAAGGCACUUUAAAAACAUAUCAAAUCAAAGGUAUGACAUGGUUGGCUAAUCUUUAUGACCAGGGCAUAAGUGGGAUAUUAGCAGAUGAAAUGGGUUUGGGUAAAACUGUACAAUCAAUAGCAUUUCUCUGUCAUGUAGCAGAACACUAUGGAGUUUGGGGUCCUUUUCUAGUUAUAUCACCUGCGUCAACUUUACACAACUGGCAGCAGGAGUUAGCACGUUUUGUACCAGAAUUCAAUGUAGUUCCAUAUUGGGGUUCACCAAAUGAACGUAAAAUCCUACGCCAAUUUUGGGAACAAAAAGAUUUACAUACGCGAGACGCUAGUUUUCACGUUGUUAUCACAUCCUAUCAGCUGAUUGUAUCUGACUAUAAAUAUUUUAAUCGUAUAAAAUGGCAAUAUAUGGUAUUAGACGAAGCACAAGCAAUAAAAAGUGCGUCCUCAAUGCGUUGGAAAUUGUUGUUGGGCUUUAAUUGUCGAAAUCGCCUACUAUUGAGUGGCACACCGAUACAAAAUAGUAUGGCUGAACUAUGGGCUCUGCUGCACUUUAUAAUGCCAACACUAUUUGAUUCACAUGAUGAAUUUAAUGAGUGGUUCUCAAAGGAUAUUGAAUCUCAUGCUGAAAAUAAAACAGGUAUCGAUGAAAAGCAAAUCUCAAGAUUGCACAUGAUACUCAAACCGUUUAUGCUGCGGCGCAUUAAAAAAGAUGUGGAGAACGAACUAUCAGACAAAAUUGAAAUCAUGGUUUACUGUCCACUAACCAUAAGACAGAAACUGCUAUAUAUGGCACUUAAAAAGAAGAUACGAAUUGAGGAUCUACUACACCUAACACGAAGUGGUGCAGGCAGUUCCAGCGAUGGUGGACAUGUUGAUCGCAAUUUCACUUCAAAUCUUAUGAAUUUAGUUAUGCAGUUUCGAAAAGUGUGCAAUCAUCCAGAGCUUUUUGAACGAAGAGAUGUUAAGAGCCCUUUUGCUAUGCGUUGUCAAGAGUAUGUGAUGCCACGCUUGGUAUAUGAUGAUGGCGUACUUAAAACAGCUUUGCCUAGUAAACGCCAUUUGCUCUAUAACAGGUUUCUUAUAUACAAAGCUGAACAUGUACAUCGUUCUAUGUUUAGUGAACCAAAAGCAAAUAACAUUCAAAAAAGUGGGGAAAACUAUUCCCGAUAUAUCGAUCUAAAUGUAAGUGAUGAUUGCUGUUUUAGUUUUACGCGUUUAAGUGAUAUAUCACCAAAAAAUUUGGAAGAUAUGACUGUUGGUGGACUAAUUAGUUCUUUACAACAUUAUCGCUUUUUACUCAUUUUCUAUAAGUUGCUAUCGUAUCGUCGAUUAUGGUGGACGAACUAUAAACCCUCACGUUUUCAGUUACUAGAACCGAUGUUAGAAAAUCCCAUUGAGCAAUGCACUCUAUUUGAAGACAGUAUUUUAAAGAGCUGCAUAUUCACAAGCAUGAUUGGAAAUGACAGUAGUGUGUAUGCGUUUGGAGAUUACAUUGUUGUAAAUAUGCAAGAAACCAUGGAACAUCGCGUUAUACGUUCAAAACGAUUCAAAAGCCAUAAAAUCCUGAAUGAAGAAGCUAAUAUAAAAGAUAUAAAGAAAGAGUCUGAUAUAGACAUUAUGACAUGUGACGACGAAGUUACGAGUGUAAAAUCGCAGCUCCUGGAAGGUCAGUCAAAGAAAACAAAAACAGGAACGAAUGAACUCCUGCCCGAAUUUCCAUACAUUGCACGCAAACCUACUAGAUUUUACUGUGAACCAUUAGAAAUGCCAAAAUUUCUAUAUGGUUUGUGUCCACGAGUACAGGCAACAAGAAGAAGGAUGUACUGUGAAAGUCGUGCAGCCGAGUGGUCACAUAUUCGACAUAUGCAAUGUGAAAACCCUGAUGGACAACAAUUGGUUUAUAGUAGCUUAGAUAUUUGCAAACCACGUAGUGGGUGGUCAUCACUUAUUAUACCGGACAAACAAACACUUGUAUCAGAUGCUGGAAAACUAUCAGUGCUGGAUAGUCUCUUAACGCGACUCAAAUCACAAGGACAUCGUGUAUUAAUUUAUUCACAAAUGACCAAAAUGAUUGAUCUUUUAGAGGAAUAUAUGUGGCACCGAAAACAUCGCUAUAUGCGAUUAGAUGGUUCUAGUAAAAUUUCAGCACGUAGAGAUAUGGUCGCAGAUUUCCAAACACGUGCAGAUAUUUUUGUAUUUUUACUUUCGACGCGAGCGGGUGGCUUAGGCAUUAAUUUAACCGCAGCUGACACAGUAAGUGCUUUAUUUGUAAUUAUUUUAGUAUAUAUAUUUAGAUUUAUACCCUGUGCUCAAAAUGAAACAAUAAGUGCAUGUAUAGUGGCAGUGCGCACAUUUUCCAAAUUUCUACCACUUACGAAAUACGAUCCUAUGAUACGAAUCCAAUGA